CAUGGCGGCGGUGGCUAGUGGAGAAGCGAAGCUGCAAUCUCAAAGCUAAAACUAAAACAGCCGUCGAUGUCCAAACUCAACAUGGAGACGACAAAUGCAAACCUUCACGUUCACCGGGAUGUCGGAGGGAGCGAGGUGUGCACGGUGAGUCUGCCCGGUGAGUCCGCGGGGGACAAAAUAACGGACAUAACGGGCUCCGAUGUCCGACUGAAGAAGGACCCUUCGCUCGCUAGCCACAAUGCUAACGACGUCUCACCGAGCAGUACCGACACAUCACACAUCCAGCCCAACACUACCGACUCCCUAACGUCUCGGGAGGGUGUCGGUGCUACGAGGCCCGCCGGGCUUUCGGGAGGAGCCCGUGAGGCACCCGAGGAGGAGAGUCGGAGGCAGCGAGAGCAUCUGAGUAACGGGAUGGAGUACACACACAGCCCGAGCCCUCAGCCCGCAGCUACGGCUACGGAGAGCAGCCCUCCCGGUGUCGGCAGUGUCGCCUCAAACUUAGUAAACAACCCUGCGAGGGGAGAGACCAGUCCCCGGGCGAAGGAGGCAGCGAUGCCCGAGAAAGCGUCGCCUCCCCCGGGAGAGAGUCGGGGGGGAGUGUCGGUGUCGGUGGAACAGCAGCAGCAGCAGCAGCAGGCCGAGCUGUCAAACACUAAACUCACCGAGCUGUCUCGAGGGCCACACGGUACCGUCACGGGGGAGAAGGAGGAGAAAUCUGGAGCUACGGCAACAGCACCGGCAGUGGCCUCCGUUACCCCAGAGGACGGUGUGAAGAGGAGUGAUCCCUCCAUGUCCAGUGAGCUGGUCAGCAUCAGUGCGGCCGGUGAGUCGCGUAGCUGCGAGUCUCUUGAGUCCUCCUUCACCAACCUCCACUCCUGCCCCAGCAGCUCAGACGGCCUGGACGACAACAAAGACAUCGCCCUGACCCUGCAGAGUGAGCAUGAGAGUGAGUUGGAGGUGGGUGCGGACGGCCUCAAGGUGGCGCUGUUGGCUGGUGAGCGUGAGCGGGGCGGCGCGGGGCAGUCUGUUUACCACAUCAAGUGGAUCCGCUGGCAAGAGGAGAACACCCCCGUCAUCACGCAGAACGAGAACGGACCCUGCCCCCUGCUGGCCAUCAUGAACGUACUGCUACUAGCAUGGAAGGUGAAGAUGCCACCCAUGAUGGAGAUUAUCACAGCGGAGCAACUGAUGGAAUAUCUAGGUGACUACAUCCUGGAGACGAAACCAAAGGAGAUCACAGAAGCCCAGAGGCUGAACUACGAACAGAACAUGAGUGAUGCGAUGGCGGUGCUCCACAAGCUGCAGACGGGGCUGGAUGUCAAUGUGAAGUUUACGGGCGUGCGCGUCUUCGAGUACACGCCCGAGUGCCUCGUAUUCGACCUGCUGGACAUCCCACUCUACCACGGCUGGCUCGUAGACCCACAGUGUCCGGAGGUGGUGUCUGCGGUGGGCAGCUGCAGCUACAACCAGCUGGUGGAGAAAAUCAUCAACUGCAAACAGGCAGCGAGCAGCACACAGGCUACACAGGGUCUGGUUGCAGAGCAGUUCCUCUCGUCCACAGCUACCCAGCUGACCUAUCACGGCCUGUGUGAACUGACAGCCAGUGUCCAGGAGGGGGAGCUAGGGGUCUUCUUCAGGAACAACCACUUCAGCACCAUGACCAAAUACAAGGGCCAGCUGUAUCUGCUGGUGACUGAUCAGGGGUUCCUGACGGAGGAGCGUGUGGUUUGGGAGUCGCUUCAUAACGUCGACGGCGACGGAAACUUCUGCGACUCGGAUUUCCACCUGCGACCGCCGUCAGACCCCGAGACCGUUUACCACGGCCAGCAAGACCAGAUCGACCAGGACUACCUGAUGGCCUUGUCUCUGCAGCAGGAGCAGCAGGGCAUGUGGGAGGAGCUUGGAGAGGGGGCGGGGCCGGACGGGGCGGGGCUUAGCGAUCUGGAACUCGCCAAGAAGCUGCAGGAGGAGGAAGACAGACGAGCAUCACAAUACUAUCAGGAGCAGGAACAGGCCCAGGCCCAGGCGGCAGGGGGAGACGUGGUGGACGCAGCAGCAGCAGCAGCAGGAGGAGGUGAUGGAGGAGGAGGAGGAGGAGCAGGAGCAGGAGGAGGUGAAGAGGGCUCGGGGGCCGCAGACGCAGCGCCAGCCGGAGCCACCGGGGGGAGCCAGAGUCCCCAGAAGCAGCACAACACACACGCAAACACCCAAACACACGGCCCCGACACACACGCACACACACGCAAGACGCGCAAGGAGCCCAAAGACAAGGACAAGUGUGUGAUCCUGUAACGACAGACUCGGCUGCGGGCGGGCGGGGG